AAACACAGAAGAAACCAGAAAAAUGUGCAGAGCUCCUUGGCAGGAAUGAAAAAAAUAUGUGAAGUGUAAGAAGUCAAGAGCAACAUAGCAGAAGGAGACAACAAACAUAGGGGUGGGGUGGGAAUUAUGAAGGCAAGUGUUAAAGUCUGGUUUUGAUAACACUCCUCCUAUAUUGCUUUUACUUCUCCUUACUUCCUGGUGAGAUGAUAGAUACAUUGCGAGACAGAGAACAGCACCUCAGAAAGUGUAAUAUAACUUAGCUGUGGCAAUAGAUUCAGUGAGAAUGGCUAGUGGAACGAUAGUGUUUAUUCCCCCCAAUGGUGGCAAUGUAAUCCAGGGAAGCCAGGGGGGGCCUGGUACUUUCGUUCAAGCACCAGGGAUGGUACAAUAUGUACAAUAUGGAGGCAACCCACCUCAGCAGAACCCCCAAGUGGGGGCAAUGGAGGAUUUUCGCAAAGCAGAGCCCAAGACUCUGGGGGCCAUCCAGAUUUUAAUUGGAUUGAUACACAUUGGCUUUUCAUCGGUCUCAGCUGUUAUUUCUGGGACAAACUACGUUGUUUUGGUUACUAUAUCAGGUUAUCCAUUUUGGGGAGCAAUAUUUUUCAUUGCUUCUGGAUCCCUGUCUGUGUCAGCAGAGAAACAUCCAACCUCUGGCUUGGUGAAAUGCAGUGUGGGAAUGAAUAUCACAAGUGCUGUAAUGUCAUUCAUUGGAAUAAUUCUAUAUAUAGUGGAGCUGGCUAUAAAUCCUGUAGAUUAUCUACAUGGCUAUUAUUGGACAACAUCCGUAGGUACUGGUCUCUCUGUCCUGCUCCUUUUCUUCAGUAUGCUGGAGUUCUGCAUCGCUGUCUCUACUGCACAUUUUGGGUGCCAAGCAGCCUGCUGUAAGAAUGACCAGCAGGAAGUGGUUUUUGUGCCCUAUACUGUCAAUGGAGGUAAUGUGGUCCCCACUGAAGGCAUUCCUGCUUCUCCUCCACCCUAUGAGCCUGUGAAUGUUAUUCACAAAUGAAAGUGAAGAAGGCAAGGUUAAAGCUAUGGCAAGUGUCACAAUAGCAGUCUUGGCAAACCAGCUAUCUCAGGAGGAGUGAAAUGUUAUUGAUUUCCUUUUUAUUUUAUUUUUUGCAAAUAUAGCCAUCUAUCCAGAAUAUGUGCUAGAACUACAGCUUUUAGUCAUUUCAUCCAUUCAAUUAAUCCGUUCAAAAUGCUAGGGAGGUCUCCCUCCUUCUGUCUCACAUGGCCAAAAAUGGCUCUUCUGUGCUGAAUUUUGGUAUGACAUGUGCAUGGAUAACUAAAAGGAAAGAAAUGUUCCUUUUCUUCAUAACUAUUGUUUUAUUAAUAUGCAAGUGUAUUUAGCUGGCAUUGACUGAUAAUCAUUCCACUGCAAACCAUACAAGUAAUUCGUUAUGAAAUCUUCG